GGAACCGCCCCAGGGAGAAGGCUGUGCGGACCUGGGCCAUCGGCCGUCACCUUAGCUGUUGGUCCAGAUUUACCCGCAUCCCGCCCUGAUCCCGCCCCUAAUUAGCAUCCGCGGCGACUCGGGGCCACGCCGCUGACCCUGUUGCAGGACUGGUGUAGGGGGAGCAUCUGGACACGCAGAGGUCCAUGCUGAUCCUGGGGAUCCCCGAGGACUGCGGCGAGGAAGAGUUUGAGCAGACGCUCCAGGAGGCUCUCAAGCACCUGGGCAAGUACAGGGUGAUCGGCAGGAUGUUUCGGAGGGAGGAGAACGCCCAGGCGUUUCUCCUGGAGCUGGCGCAGGAUCUCGACUAUGCUUUGGUCCCCAGGGAGAUACCGGGAAAGGGGGGGCCCUGGGGAGUGGUGGUAAAGCCCCUUAACUCCGACGGGGAAUUCCUCAACCGACUGAACCGCUUCCUAGAGGAGGAGAGGCGGACUGUGUCGGACAUGAACAGAGUCCUGGGGUCCGAGGCCAAUUGCCCAGCCCCCAGAUUGGCCGUCUCACCCGAUUUCUGGACCUGGGCCCAGACCCUGGGGGCUGCCGUGCAGCCUCUGCUGGAGCAAAUGCUGUACCGAGAACUGAGAGUGUUUUCUGGGCACACCGUGUCCAUCCCGGGGGCGCUGGCCUUUGAAGCCUGGCUCGAGCAGACCACCGAGGUGCUGCAGAUGUGGCAGGUGCCGGAGGCGGAGAAGAGGCGGCGCCUGGUGGAAUGUCUGCGGGGACCCGCCCUGCAGGUGGUCAGCGGGCUGCGGGCCAGCAACGCGGCUGUCACCGUGGAGCAGUGCCUGGCGGCGCUGCAGCAGGUGUUUGGACCUGUGGAGAGCCGCAAAAUCGCCCAGGUGAAAUUUUGUCAGGCCCAGCAGGAGGUGGGAGAGAAAGUCUCUAGCUUCGUGUUGCGCCUGGAGCCCCUGCUCCAAAGAGCCGUGGAGAAAAAUGCGGUGUCACGGAGGAACGUGAACCAGGCUCGCCUGAAACAAGUCUUGGGUGGGGGCACGCUGACGGAUAAACUGCGAGACAGGCUGAAGCUGCUGCGGCAGCGCAGGAAGCCCCCCGGGUUCCUGGCCCUGGUGAAGCUCCUGCGCGAGGAGGAGGAGUGGGAGGCCACGUUCGGCCCAGAAAGGGAGCGGCCUGACCCGAUGCCCCGGUCACUGGCCAGAUCCAGCGGGCUCCGGGCAUCCCCUGUCCUCAGGAGCAGUGUCCAGGCCAGGCCUUCCCGGCGGUCCCGGCGCCGCAGGGGCAGAGGCCCACACCGGCGACGGGGCGUGCUGAGGGCCAGCCCCUGGGGCCCAGGACGGCGCAAACGCCACACGUUCUGCUAUGGCUGCGGGGAAGACGGCCACAUCAGGGCACUGUGCUUCAACCCCCCGAACCAGUCCCUGGUGAAACAGAAGAGACAGGCCGCAAGUGAGGCGGGAAACGGGAGCAGGGCUUGAGACAGGAGCCAUCCCAAGCCCAAGCCCAAGCAGGCUCAGGAGAGCGGGGCGACGCUUCUCACCACCGGCGGAGGAAGGGCAAGGGGGCAGCCAGAGGGACAGCAGGGGCCGACUGCGGGGUGCAGGGGCAGAGAACCCGGGUCAAGACCGAGCCCCCGAGCCCUCCCCCAGCUGGGGGGGACUCCGGCGACGAAAGGGCCAGUGCUUCAGUGAGGGCCAGCAGCAGAGCACCCAAGAGGCAGGGCCCGGCCACACCCAGAGGUGCGAGUAGGGUGCCCGGAUGUGAGGAGGAAGGAAGUGUGCCCAGAGGCUCGGGCCUGGGAAUCGCACCCACCAUUGGGCCUCCCCCAGAUGCCCACCCUGUGGGCUCUGAGCUCCGCAGGAGGAUGGGCCCCCAGGUGCUCUGGGGCCCCAAGGAGCCCUGCCUGAGGUCUCCCCUGCGUGGGCCCAGACCUCCCCUGCCCGGGGCAGUGCCACCCGUGCCCGAAGGAGCCAGCGCUGGUGAGGAGGACCUGGCCGGCAGAGAGGUAACGUCCCAGAGCAGGGUCUGCAGGGUCCACACCGUCUACAGGAUCCUCCACACUACCAUCCAGGUGCCCCAGGAAGGCGGUACCCUUGAGCCCCGGCAUGAGUGAAAGCCGGAGACACCAAGCCCCUGGGGGCCCAGCGCCAGCCAGUGGGCACUUGCCUGCCCCAGCGACUGGCAGGGGCUGUGGGCAAGGAGAGCCAGGCUUGGGAGGGGACCACGGGUUGGAGCCCCUGCCGAGCCUGGCGGGAGGGGUGGGGCUCU